CGGGGGCGGUGGGACGGGACGAGAUGGGAGAGGAGCCGGACGGAGCCGCUCUCGAUCAGCGUCGCCCGUGAGCCCGACAGCAAGCGCCAUCUUCAUCCUAUUUAUAGCGGGAGCAGCGGGCCGGGAUCCCGGCCCCGGCAGCAGCGGGCCAGGCGCUGAGCUGCCCCUGCACAGCCCUCGCCUCCCCGCUGCGCUCUGCCCUGCGCUCAGCCAGCCCGGCGGAGCCCGCACGGCCCCACCCAAACACCCCGAGAUGGCACAAGGCGGGCGCGACCCCCGGCCCGGGGACCUGAUCGAGAUCGACCGGCCAGGUUACAAGCACUGGGCGAUCUACGUGGGGGAUGGAUAUGUCAUCAACGUCACACCUGUAGAUGAAGGAGCCCCAUCUCUGUCAGUGAGCACCACAUCAAUAUUCACCAGAAAGGCCAAAGUGAAGAAGCAGCUCCUGAAGGAGGUGGUGGGAAAUAAUAAAUGGCGUGUCAACAACAAGUACGACCGCUCCCGCACUCCUUUCCCUGUGGAGGAGAUCAUCCGGCGUGCUGAGCUAUGCAUUGACAGGGAGGUACCAUAUAAUGUCCUUAAAAGCAACUGUGAGCACUUUGUGACAAUGCUUCGCUACGGAGAAGGAGAGUCUAGGCAGGUCCAAAAUGCAGCUGCUGGCAGUGCUGCAGUAGCUGUGGGAAGUAUCAUUCUUGGUGUUGCUGCUGUUGUUGGGAUGGCAUUGUCCGAGAGCGCAUCCAGGCGAUAGUGCUACUGAUGGGCUGCCAGGAAGACCCAGAGCAAGGCACGCAGGGUCCCUGGCCACAGCAGUCACUGGGCAGCUUUUGCUACA